GCUGUAUGAAACAGGUUUAAACUUUGACUUUCAUCAGUUUGCGAUAGAAAAUAAAACAGUCACAUAUAUUUCCCACUAUAACUAUAUUCACCUUGCGUAUUAUAUAGUCACUUCUAACGUAUGUGGUGCCGUCCUGAAAACGUCGCGGACUAGCCCAUCUUUUGCCAACCCCUCAUUAGCACUUGUUCCGUGACUCACCAGGAAAAAUGAUGUAACUUACCGGCUUUCUGCUACCUUCAAAGGUACAAAGAGAAAGGAAGUGUACCCCGUCAAACCGCGUGUUAGAGGAACGUUCUCAGGCCUUUAGCUGAGUAAAUGGCUCGGUUUGGUUAGUCACUGGUGAAAGGACAACGGAACACUUCCCUGUAACGUACAGCUCUUUCUCUGUCGGACUCAGUGCGGUAAAGAAUGAACCCAGCUCGUCGCUGCUCGGCUUUAUUGAGCCAGCUGUGCGUGUCCUCACGGGGAGGACCGACAGCCAGGAGACAGCUUUCAGCGGGAGCAGUGUCAGACCCUGCGGGGCCACGGUACUCCGGUGUCAGAGGAGUGGGAGUGAAAGAGACCGGUCCCCAGGUGACGCCCAGCAGAUCAUCCACCACAGGGGCAGCAGCAGUUUGUCCAAUGGGUGGAAGCAGCAGCAGCAGCAGCAGGUUGUUUGGUACGUUGGCCCCAUCGCUCAACAGCUCCGCCUUGGCCCAGACAGACCUGUACCCGGAGGAGUGCCCAGACCAGGAACUGGACCAGGACCAAGCCGAGGUGUCCCCGGACCAGCUGCUCAGAGAGUGCGAGGAUGCCCUGCAGACGCGGCCGGCCCGGCCACACCGGGAUCUGGUCUAUCCCAGAGGCAUGGCGCCCUGCAACCAUAUGCACAGCCCCUCCAUACGGGUCAUGCAGUGGAACAUACUCGCACAAGCUCUCGGUGAGGGGAAGGACGGGUUUAUCCGCUGUCCACUGGAUGCUCUCAACUGGCAGGAAAGGAAGUACUUGAUCCUGGAAGAGAUCCUCACCUAUCGCCCCGACGUCCUGUGUCUACAGGAAGUGGACCACUACUACGACACCUUCCAGCCAAUCAUGGCCAGCCUGGGUUACCACGGCAGCUUCCUGGCGAAACCCUGGUCUCCCUGUCUGGAUGUAGAGCAGAAUAACGGCCCUGACGGCUGCGCUCUGUUUUACCGCCGCUCUCGCUUCUCCCUGCAGUCCACAGCUCACCUGCGGCUGUCAGCCAUGAUGCUGCCCACCAACCAGGUAGCCAUCGUCCAGACGCUGAACUGCCGGGUAACGGGCCGGCGGCUGUGCGUCGCCGUCACCCAUCUGAAAGCUCGUAGCGGGUGGGAGAGGCUGCGGAGCGCGCAGGGCGCUGACCUGCUGCAGAGUUUACGCAGCAUAACAUCCCGGGGCGGCCAGAGCGAGGCGGCGUCGGCCGCGAUCCCUUUAGUUGUGUGCGGGGACUUUAACGCGGAGCCCUCGGAGGACGUUUACAGACGCUUCAGCUCAUCCCCCCUCGGCCUGAGCUCUGCGUACAAGUUGCUGAGCUCUGAUGGACAGACAGAACCAGCCUACACCACAUGGAAGAUCCGCCCCUCUGGAGAGAGCUGCAGCACGCUGGACUAUAUCUGGUAUACCCAUGAUGCUUUGAGAGUGGACUGCCUGCUGGACAUUCCUACUGAGGAGCAGAUCGGCCCAGACCGCCUCCCUUCCUACCACUACCCCUCUGACCAUUUAUCACUGCUCUGUGACAUCAGCUUCAGGGAGGAGCCCCAUAGGCUGAUGUUAGGCUGAUGUAGGCUUCCAGUCACAGCAUCUCUGGACCAAUGGGAGGACCGAGUGAGGAGACUGCAUACUAUAAAUCAGAGUGAUGGUUUGGAAGCUGAGUCAUGAAAAGUGUAAAACCAUGCUUUACUCAAACAUGAGUCAGCUCCUGUAACGAUGCUGUUAUUAUUUUAAAGACGUUGGGUCAGACGCUGUGAUUGGACAGACGUAUGGUGUCUGGGACAGGUUGGACUGUCAGGUCUGUCACUCUCCAGUGUUUUUUUUCCUAAAUGUUCCGUUUCUUUAACUGAACUUCAGCUGAGACGGCAGCUAAAGGUUCAUUUGCUGAACUGUGAACACUGGAAAUCAGCUGCACUUAUUUAUUGUUUCCAACACACAGAAGAUUAUUAUUAACUUAAUUUGAUGACUUUUUUCUUUCUAUUUUUUAUCAGUUGGUUUGACCAUAAUCAACAUCCUUUCCUGUAGUGUCUUUUAAAUGCACUGAAGUGAAGCAAAGCGGUUUUUCAGUUUGACGUCAUGACAGUGUUACUGCUCCACUGAGAUAUUCAUAUUUAAUAGAGAAAUAAAGAAACUGAUUUUA